UUCCUUAAUACAUCUUGCUUUAAUUAGGAAAAGUUUUAAUGUAUUCAUACAGGAGAGAUUUUACAGCAUAUGCAGACAUAUGCUUCAGUGAGUUUGGUGAUAGGGUUCUACAUUGGACUACUCUAAACGAGGCCAAUGUGUUUGUUUUAGGAGGCUAUGAUCUUGGAUCUCUGCCACCUCGACGAUGCUCGGCCUCUCUUCCAUUUAAUUGUUCGAAAGGCAACUCAUCAACCGAACCAUAUAUGGCAGCUCAUAAUAUGUUAUUAGCGCAUGCAGCAGUGGCAAAGUUAUACAAGAAUAAAUAUCAGGAUAAACAACAUGGAUUUAUAGGGCUGAACCUCUUCAGCUAUUGGUAUGUUCCUUUAACAAACACAACAGAAGACAUAAUUGCAGCUGAAAGGGCCAAUAAUUUCUACGUUGGUUGGUUUAUGCAUCCUCUGGUAUAUGGAGACUAUCCUGGCUCGAUGAAGGAGAUUGCUGGUUCAAGGAUGCCAGCCUUCACCAAUUUUGAAUCCAAGCAGGUCAAAGAUUCAUUUGACUUCAUUGGGCUUAACUUUUACUUCACAAUGUGUGUUAAGGACCAGCCUAGCAGCUUACAGAUCGAGCACAGAGAUGUUAUGGCAGAUAUGGCUCUAGAACUAAUGCGUAUGUCAUCUUGCGUAUGAAACCAGGGUGUUUAUGUGUCUUCACAAGCAUGUCUGGACCGCCUUUUUUAUGUGAUGUCCUCCCUUUAAAACUAAUAUGAAUUAAUUCUACUCCUGGUUACUGUGAGCUUUCAGAAAAAACGUUUCCUUUUUAUCUUUCCAAACUACUUUUAUUUUCUUUACGUUAAUGUAGCUUGACAAAUCAACACUGCUCUUCAUCACAUCCGAUUGCAGUGUUGUGUACUUACUUUCUUGUUCUUGCAGCUUUACAAUAUAAUGCAUCAAUAUUUGAGGUGAGUUAGAACACCAAAAUUUUAAGUGUCCAAGAGGUUAGUUUGAUGCAUCACUAACCUUCUAAUGUUUCGCUCAGUUUCCUAUUGUACCUUGGGGCCUCAAAAGGUUACUGGAGUAUUUCAAGGAAGUUUAUGGAAAUCCUCCUAUUUAUAUCCAUGAAAAUGGUCUCUCUCUCUCUCUCUCUCUCU